AUGCCGAGGGGCUUCCUGGUGAAGCGAACCAAGCGCUCGGGCAGCUCCUACCGCUCGCGCCCGACCGAACCGCUUUUCCCGCCCCCGGGUCCCCGCGGUGCUGCGCCGCCCUCGCCCGACGAGCCCGGCCGGGGACUGUCGGGGUCCCCCUGCCUCGCGCCCGCGCGGGACGGCGCCGAGUGGGGCGCGGGUGGCGGAGACGGCCCGGGACCCAGCCCCGCGAGGCCGGCGGGCCCCGAGCUGCGCCGCGCGUUCCUGGAGCGCUGCCUGCGCUCGCCCGUCUCCGCCGAGUCCUUCCCCAGCGCCACCGCCUUCUGCUCCGCGGCGCCCGCGGCCGCGACCUCGGGGGAGCAGUUGGUGCCGCCUCGGGCCGCCGUCCCCGUCUCCGUCCCCGCGCCCGCGCCCGCCCCGCAGGGUCUCCAGCGCCGCGGCAAGGGCGCCCUGGGCUGCGUGUCAGCGGCGCCCGCGGCCGUCAGGAAGCCUAAGGCGGUGAGGAGGCUGAGCUUCGCCGACGAGGUGACCACGUCCCCGGUGCUCGGUCUAAAGAUCAAGGAGGAGGAGCCCGGGGCGCCGGCGCGGGCUCUGGGCGGCGUCCGCACGCCGCUGGGGGAGUUCAUCUGCCAGCUGUGCAAGCAGCAGUACGCGGACCCCUUCGCGCUGGCUCAGCACCGCUGCUCCCGCAUCGUGCGCGUCGAGUACCGCUGCCCCGAGUGCGACAAGGUCUUCAGCUGCCCCGCGAACCUCGCCUCCCAUCGCCGCUGGCACAAGCCACGUCCCGCGCCCUCCUGCGCCGCGAGUAAACCUCCCUCCGCGCCGUUGACCCCUCCGGACCCUUCCCUGGCGGCGGGCAAGGAGAACGGCCGCGUGCCGCGGACCGACGAUCAGCACCCGCAGGCCCGGGACAGCUCCGGGGCCGGUCAGCACCGGGACAGCGCCACUCUCCCAGGCCUGCAGGCGCUGGUGCACCCAGAGGCAGCACGAUCGCAGGUCCCCUACUCCGAGGUGAUGCUCGGGCGCCGCGGUCCCGGGCCAGGCGGUGCCAGCGCGGGGGCGACAUCCGAGGUCUUCGUGUGCCCGUAUUGCCACAAAAAGUUCCGUCGCCAAGCCUAUCUGCGCAAGCACCUGGGCACCCACGAGGCGGGCCCGGCCCGUGCACCAGCCCCGGGCUUCGGCUCGGAGCGCACAGCCCCGCUCGCCUUUGCGUGCCCGCUUUGCGGGGCGCACUUCCCGUCCGCGGAUAUCCGAGAGAAGCACCGGCUAUGGCACGCUGUCCGCGAGGAGCUGCUACUGCCCGCCUUGGUCGGGGCUCCAUCGGAAGCGGGCCCCGGAGGGGCGUCCGACGGUAGCACUCAGCAGAUUUUCUCAUGCAAGUACUGCCCAUCCACUUUUUUUAGCUCCCCGGGCCUGACCCGGCACAUCAAUAAGUGCCACCCCUCAGAAAGCCGGCAAGUGCUGCUGUUGCAGAUGCCACUGCGGCCUGGCUGCUGA